AGCACGUUUGACUGAGGAUAAGGAAGUGCUGAUACAAACCCAUAUUACGUUUACUGCUGAAUGAAUGAUAGAUACCUCGGAGUAAAAAGGUCGAUUGGAAAAGGGGCAUUACGCAGUGUCGAAAACACGUCAGAAUACCAAAAUACAGGUGUUGUGAGGUAUCAACGACAGCCCAGUGCUGGAUCCCAGAGGCCUUGUCAGUGUGGUAAGGACCCCCUGGACCCCCGAGGGUGGAUGGAGCGCUUCAGGCCGAGGCUGACGAGGCUGGGGCAAGGGAUCAGGACCGGGUCGUCGUCCUCUUACCCAGCAUGCCUCUGGUUGGGCCUGCUCUCUGUGGCCGCCGCCUUCCUGUGCGCAGAGGGCGAUCGCACCACCCCCAGCCCCGCCAUCACAGACUCCCACAAUGCCACCUGCUCCGAAGGCACGUCCAGGUGCAAGCCAGGAAUUGUCUUGCCCAUCUGGUACCCUGAGGACCCUUCCAUGGGGGAUAAGAUGGCCCGAGUCAUCGUCUACUUCGUAGCUAUGAUCUACAUGUUCCUGGGAGUGUCCAUCAUAGCAGACCGCUUCAUGGCAGCCAUCGAGGUCAUCACCUCCCAGGAGAAGGAGAUUAUUAUUAAGAGAGCCAACGGAGAGACCACCACCGCUACCAUCAGAAUCUGGAACGAGACGGUCUCCAACCUGACCCUCAUGGCCCUGGGUUCUAGUACCCCUGAGAUCCUGCUGUCUGUCAUCGAAGUCUGCGGACACGACUUCGUAGCUGGCGAGCUGGGGCCGUCUACGAUCGUCGGCAGCGCUGCCUUCAACAUGUUCGUGAUCAUCGGCCUGUGUGUGUCUGUGAUCCCCGAGGGAGAGACGAGGAAAGUGAAACAUCUCAGAGUGUUCUUUGUGACGGCGGCGUGGAGUAUCUUCGCCUACAUCUGGCUCUACAUGAUCCUGGCGGUGUUCAGUCCCAACGUGGUCCAGAUAUGGGAGGGGCUGCUAACCCUGGCCUUCUUCCCCAUCUGUGUCAUCCUGGCCUGGCUAGCCGACCGACGACUCCUCUUCUACAAGUUCAUGCACAAGAAGUACCGCGCCGACAACCACCGUGGCGUCAUCAUCGAGACCGAGCACGAGCGCUCCAAGAGCAUCGAGAUGAUGGACGGUGGCGGCAAGAUGGUCAACUCACACUUCGCCCACGACGGAGGCGCCGCCCAUAACCUCAUCAGCCUGAUCGAGGGGAAAGAAGUGGACGAGUCUCGGCGGGAUAUGAUCCGGAUCCUGAAGGACCUGAAGCAGAAACACCCAGAGAAGGAGAUGGACCAGCUGGUAGAGAUGGCUAACUACUACGCCUUGUCCCACCAGCAGAAGAGCCGAGCCUUCUACCGCAUCCAGGCCACGCGCAUGAUGACGGGCGCCGGGAACAUCCUGAAGAAGCACGUGGCGGAGCAGACCAAGAGGAGCGCCAGCGUACAGGAAGUGUGCGUGGUAGGGGAGGAAGUCGAGGAGUACGUGUCACGGAUCGCCUUCGAACCCUCCGUGUACCAGUGCCUGGAGAACUGUGGCGCCGCCCUGCUGGCCAUCUCCAGGAAGGGUGGCGACAUGGCCAAGACCAUCUAUGUUGACUACAAAACAGAGGACGGCUCAGCCAACGCCGGCGCCGACUACGAGUUCACAGAGGGCACGGUGGUGUUCAAGCCCGGCGAGUUCAUCAAGGAGAUCAGCAUCGGCAUCAUCGAUGACGACAUCUUCGAGGAGGACGAGCACUUCUUUGUGCGUCUCAGCAACGUGCGCCUGUUGGAGUCUGACGAGGACGAGACACUACUGUCUCCGAACUCUCUCCCGUACCCCAAGGCCCUGCUGGGGUUCCCUGCCAUCGCCACUGUUACCAUCCUGGACGACGACCACGCCGGGAUAUUCACCUUCGAGACCGACACCUGUCACGUGAGUGAGAGCGUGGGCGUGAUGGAGGUGAAGGUGCUGAGGACUUCGGGGGCGAGGGGAACAGUCAUCGUGCCAUAUCGUACCAUGGAGGGGAUCGCCAAGGGAGGAGGGGAGGACUUUGAGGACACCUACGGAGAACUGGAGUUCAGGAACGAUGAGACCUGCAAGAUGGUUCAGGUGAAGGUGAUAGACGAUGAGGAGUAUGAGAAAAACAAGAACUUCUUCCUGGAGUUGGCCGAGCCGCGCAUGGUAGACAUGAGCCUGCAGAAAGAUGUCCCAAAGUUGUUGUCAGAGGAAGAGGAAGCUAAGCGGAUUGCAGAGAUGGGGAAACCAUCUCUGGGGGAACACUCCAAAAUGGAGGUUUUCAUCGAGGAGUCCUAUGAGUUCAAGAAUACGGUGGAUAAGUUGAUAAAGAAGACCAACCUGGCUCUGGUGGUGGGCACCAACUCCUGGAGACAACAGUUCAUGGAGGCCAUCACAGUCAGUGCAGGAGACGAGGAUGAGGAAGACUCCGGUGAAGAACGUCUUCCGUCUUGUUGUGACUACGUCAUGCACUUCCUCACCGUCUUCUGGAAGGUGCUGUUCGCCUGUGUUCCUCCCACGGACUACCUGAACGGCUGGGCCUGCUUCUUCAUCUCCAUCGUCAUCAUCGGCAUGCUGACCGCAGUGAUCGGAGAUCUGGCCUCUCACUUUGGCUGCACCAUCGGGUUGAAAGACUCCGUUACUGCCGUGGUGUUCGUGGCGCUGGGUACGUCUGUCCCUGACACAUUUGCCAGUAAGGUAGCGGCGGUGCAGGACACAUAUGCAGACGCCUCCAUCGGUAACGUGACGGGCAGUAACGCGGUCAACGUGUUCCUGGGCAUCGGGGUGGCGUGGUCGAUAGCCGCCAUCUACUGGCACAUGCAGGGCAAGCAGUUUGUGGUGGAGGCUGGCUCGCUGGCCUUCUCCGUCACCCUCUACACCAUCUUCGCCUUCCUGGGGGUCUCUGUGCUGCUGUACCGCCGCCGGGCCCACAUCGGGGGGGAGCUGGGCGGGCCGCGCGGCCACAGACUGGCCACCUCUGCCUUCUUCUUCAGUCUCUGGUUCCUCUACAUCCUCUUCUCUAGCAUGGAGGCCUACUGUCAUAUAGAGGGCUUCUAGAACCUUCUGGAACACUUCUGUAACACUUCUAGAAUUCUUCUGAGACACUUCUAGAAUUCUUAUGGGACACUUCUAGAAUUCUUCUGGGACACUUCUAGAACACUUCUGAGACACUUCUAGAAUUAUUCUGGGACACUUCUAGAACACUUCUGAGACACUUCUAGAAUUCUUCUGGGACACUUCUAGAACACUUCUGAGACACUUCUAGAAUUCUUCUGGGACACUUCUAAAAUAGUUCUGGGACACUUCUGAGACACUUCUAGAAUACUUCUGGGACACUUCUAGAAUUCUUAUGGGACACUUCUAGAAUUCUUCUGGGACACUUCUAGAACACUUCUGAGACACUUCUAGAAUUAUUCUGGGACACUUCUAAAAUAGUUCUGGGACACUUCUGAGACACUUCUAGAAUACUUCUGGGACACUUCUAGAAUUCUUCUGGGACACUUCUAGAACACUUCUGAGACACUUCUAGAAUACUUCUGGGACACUUCUAGAGCCUCCUUACAGGAGGUUCAAAGUAUAACUUAAUGGAGAGUAAAAGUAGGAUUCUCAGUGUGGAAUGAUGUAAUGAUGGAAUGAUAUUGGUAUGAAGGGAUGAGAGGAGGAGAACAGUAUGAGGUAAAGGGAGUUGGUGGUGGCCCCCCUCUCCUCCGACCCUCCUCCGACCCUCCACCUUCCCUCAACCCCACUCUAAGGACCCCCAGACAUAAUCAGUCCAUCUCCUCUGAAGGAGAUGUCUGUUAAGGCAGGAAGAGCCGGUCUGCUACCCACAUGGGUGUGCUUAGAGCUGGGGUUGGGGUACCUCUAUACCGGGGUAAGAACACCAGAGGGUGUCUCAUCUGGUCUGGUCUUUAUUCCACUAGAAGAGACAAUAAGCUGAUGAGAUCUGAGCUAUCAGAAGAAGUCUAUAUUGUUCUCAACACCUUGAUGAGAACAACCUUUUCUAAACUAAGUAUUUUGGGGGAUAAAACCAAAACACUUUUUUCUUUUUUUACAAAAAAAAGAGGAAAUCAAAGAUAGUAUUUUUUAGAUCUUUAUGGAGAACAAAACAUGUUAUAUAACUAAUGGAACAUAUAUUGUUGAUGAUGAAUGACAAUUGAAUGGUCAUAGUAUUUAGUAUUAUUUGAUUUGCUUAGUUUCUUAUUAAGGAACGAAUAAGAGGCAAGAAACUAAAACAGGAAGUGCCCGUGGAGGAGAAG